AUGGAUGAUUCUUCUAUCAGUUCGACCUCGAGCACAGACCUCGAGGCUUACCCCUUAACAGAGAAUAAGGAAUCAAAUAAUGAACUUGAACUUUCAAGAACAAUUAGUAGAAAAAUUACCAAUUCUGAAAUUUUGAUAAAAGAAGCAAAGAGUUCAGAUAAACCCUUACCCCCAAUAACUUCCGAUCUAGUUAUUUUUGAAGCGGAUGAUCCAUUGUGUCCAUUGAAUUGGCCAUUAAAGAAAAAGUUGGUGAAUACAAUUUCAAUUUUGUGGGCACCUUUCAAUAUCCAAAUUGGUUCAGCUAUUAUUGCACCUAGCACCAAAGAAAUAGCCAAGGUUUUCCAUGUCUGUCACACAGUUGCAACUCUAUCCACUUCUCUUUUCAUUUUUGGAUUUGCAGCUGGUCCGGUGAUUUGGGGUCCACUAUCAGAACUUUAUGGUCGAAGACCAAUCUUGCUUCUUUCAGCAUUUGGUUAUUUAUGCUUUGCAUUUGGAGCUGCUACAGCAAAAGAUAUUCAAACCCUUAUGAUUUGUCGGUUUUUUUGUGGGUUUAUUGGUGGUGCUCCAGCAGUGGUAACUCCAUCGAGUUUAUCUGAUAUGUUUCCAAAAUCACAAAGAGGAAUUGCCAUGAGUGGAUUUGGCUUGAUUAUAUUUAGUGGACCAAUGAUUGCUCCUAUCAUUGGAGGCUAUACAACCAGCAAUUUGGGUUAUAGAUGGAACCUUUACUUUGCUGGAUUUUUCGGUUGUGUUUCAUUUAUGCUCUUAUUAUGGUUCAAAGAAUCACAUCAUCCGACUUUAUUGACUCAGAGAGCUGAAGAAUUACGCAGAAGAACAGGGAACAGAGCUAUCUAUGCCGCUCAUGAAGAAGUAUCAUUGAGUGUAAAGGAGAUAUUCCAGUAUAAUAUUGCUCGGCCGCUCAAAAUGUUGGUCUCAGAACCAAUUCUUGCAUUGGUAAGUUUAUACAAUGCAUUCAUGUAUGGGAUACUUUAUUUACUUUUGACAGCAAUUCCGUUAGCUUUUGGAUACCUUGGUGAAACGGAGAAUCUCCCAUAUCUUGCAUUGUUCAUUGGAAUUAUUUUUGGUACACUAAUUAUAAUUUUUUUCGACAACAAGAAAAAAAAUGGACCAGAAGAUCGGCUUCCUCCAAUGCUUGUGGGUUCAAUUCUCUUUCCAAUUGGCAUGUUUUGGUUUGGAUGGACAACUUCUGUUCAUUGGAUCGUUCCUACCCUUGGUCUAGUAUUUGUUGGUGCUGGAUUGAUCACGGUAUUUCUUCCUUGCCUUACAUACAUUGUCGAUGUAUAUUUGCAUAUUUCGGCAUCGGCAUUAGCACUGAAUGCAUUUUUACGAGCUGGAUUUGGCGGGGCAUUUCCUCUCUUUGCUCACCAGAUGUUUGCAGCCAUGCUGAUAAAAUGGGGGACUACUCUAAUUGGGUGUUUCUCUCUCGUCUUGGUUCCAGUUCCAUUCAUCUUUUACAGAUAUGGGUCCAUUAUACGGUCCAAAUCCAAAAUGGCCAAUUAA